AUGUAAGACAUUCAAAAAAUCGAGAAAUUGGUGAGCAUCCUUCUCUUUCACCUUCCGCCACCGCCUGGUGGUUGGUGACCUCUUCUUCUCCUUCAUUGGCUCAUCAGGAUUAAGGAGGGGGAACUUGGGGCCUAAAAUGGAAACAAGAUCAGAAAAUUUUUCUAUUGAUUUUCUGAUGGGAGGAACAGCAGGCAUUUUUGCAAAAAGUGCUGCAGCACCAAUUGAGCGAGUAAAGCUUUUGUUGCAGAAUCAAGGAGAAUUGAUGAAGAGGGGUCAACUUAAGAGACCAUAUGUGGGAAUUGGUGAUUGCUUUCAAAGAAUUUUGCGAGAGGAGGGUUUUAUGUCAUUGUGGAGGGGAAACCAGGCCAAUGUUAUAAGAUAUUUCCCAACUCAGGCUUCCAACUUUGCUUUCAAAGGUUACUACAAGAACCUCUUUGGAUAUUCAAAAGACAAAGAUGGAUAUGUCAAGUGGUUUGCAGGGAAUGUGGCUUCCGGUAGUGCUGCUGGAGCAACUACAUCCAUGCUCCUUUAUCACUUGGACUAUGCAAGGACUCGGAUGGCGAUGGAUGCUCAGGAUUGUCCACUUAAUGGUAAACGUCAGUUUAAGGGGCUAAUAGAUGUUUAUGGUAAGACAUUGUCAAGUGAUGGAAUUGUUGGUCUCUAUCGGGGUUUUGGGGCCUCAAUCAUGGGAAUAACUCUGUACCGAGGCAUGUACUUUGGGAUCUAUGACUCCAUGAAGCCAAUUGUUUUAGUUGGACCCUUACAGGACAAUUUUCCUGCCAGUUUCAUGUUGGGUUGGAGCAUAACCACUUUCUCUGGGGUGUGUGCCUACCCAUUUGACACAGUCCGCAGAAGAAUGAUGCUAACUUCAGGGCAGGAAACAAAGUAUCGGAAUUCCAUGCAUGCACUCCGCGAAAUUAUACGCCUUGAAGGUUUUGCUGCACUUUUUAGAGGAGUAAGUGCAAACAUGCUUUAUGGUGUGGCAGGGGCUGGAGUACUUGCAGGGUAUGACAAAUUACACCAAAUUGUAUAUAGACCUACUUACAGUUUUGAGUCUCAGAGAGCCUUCAACAAAUAAGAGCUUUACAUGAA